GUGUGUCGGUGCGGGUGUAGAGCGGAGCGGACGGGCCGCUGCUGCUGCAGUACAGGGACUGAAAGAGCUUUUGUUUGAUUGUUUGUUAGUUUUAUUUCGUUUUCAGCUUCUGUUCAGCUCUGAUUUUAUCCUCCAGCUCCUCAUAGAGAGGCUCUGUGUCCCUCAGAGCGGCCGGGCUGCGGGGAAAAAGCCCAGACCAGUUUAGGUUUUCACCUUCAGAUGUUCUGACAAACGGCACAGAGAUGAAGUCGGAUAUUCCAUAUGAAAGGAUGGUUGAUGUGGAGCGGAGUAAGGUAGAGGCACACCUGAAAACUCAGAAGUAUUACAGGUGUUUGCUGAUCGUCACCUGUCUCACCACGGUGCUUCUGGUGCUAUUUGUCCUACAAACUCUUCUGGUUCCCACGGCGACCUCCUCAUCCAGCUCACCUGGUCUGAAAGUGCAUCCUCCCAUCAGAGACACCUGUACUGACCCAUGCAGAGUAUCUCUGGUGGAGAGUAUCCCAGUGGGUUUGGACUUUAAUUCCUCAGUCUCUCAUCCCUCCAUCUAUCAGACCUGGAUGAAUCUCAUCUCAGGGGCUCAGAGCAGCCUGGACAUUGCCUCCUUCUACUGGACUAUGACUAAUGCAGAUACGGGCACACAUGAGCCCACAGCCAAUGAGGGUGAACGGAUUCUUCAAGAACUCGCUCAGCUUUCUGGAAGGAUAUCAGUGCGAAUAGCUGUGAACAAGCCAGACAAGCAACCACAAAAUCUUCAGCUGCUGAUUGACUCCGGUGCUCAGGUGAGGUCAGUGAACAUGAAGCAGUUAACCACUGGAGUGCUGCACACUAAAUUCUGGGUGGUGGAUAAGAGACAUAUUUACAUCGGCAGCGCUAACAUGGACUGGAGGUCGUUAACGCAGGUAAAGGAGCUGGGUGCGGUGGUGUAUGACUGCAGCUGCCUCGCCAACGACCUGGAUAAAAUCUUUGAAGCUUAUUGGUUCCUGGGUCAGAGUAAGACUAUCCCCUCCCCCUGGCCCAGCCAAUACACUACAGCCUACAACAAGGACACACCCAUGGAGCUGUCACUCAAUGGCACAACCUCCGAAGUCUACCUGUCUAGUUCUCCGCCGUCUCUGUGUGCUGAGGGCAGAACCGGGGACCUGCAGUCUAUUCUGAGUGUGAUUGACGAUGCCCGUCAGUUUGUCUACAUCGCAGUGAUGAACUACCUGCCCACCAUGGAGUUUUCCUUUCCAAAAAGGUACUGGGCUGAUAUAGACACUCAGCUGAGGCGUGUGGCGUUUGAGAGGAGGGUUCAGGUGCGUUUGUUGAUCAGCUGUUGGGGCAGCACUUCUCCCAUCAUGUUAUCAUUCCUCCGCUCUCUGGCUGCCUUACAAAAUGAAAGGAAACUGGAUGUCCAGGUGAAAAUCUUCAUUGUUCCCGCCAACCCGAGUCAAAAGCAGAUUCCCUUUGCCCGAGUGAACCAUAACAAAUACAUGGUGACCGACAAGGUGGCUUACAUAGGCACAUCUAACUGGUCUGGAGACUAUUUCGUGAACACAGCUGGUUCUGCGCUGGUGGUGAAUCAGACUUCGGAUCAGUCCACGGCUCAGACGGUCCAGCAGCAGCUGCAGGCUGUGUUUGAGAGGGACUGGGACUCUCAGUACAGCACUCUGCUUAAACACAACUCCAACCUCAAGGACAUUUGCAGCACAUUGGACAGCCAGCAGGAGGAGCUGUAGGCUACAGUUGAGCUAAAUGAUUGGUCAGCUUUGAGGAACUGUGCUGAUCUGCCUUUUCUUUGUGCUGGAGGCCAAAUAUGUUAACUGCUGAGACCAGACGUCCGUCUGCUGCACCUGUAGAGGAUGGCUCAGUUUCCACAUAACCACUAAAAUAUGAGGUUUAAUUCAAUUAAACUAAAGAAAAAGGAUUUUAUUCACACAAGAUAAUGAAACAGGUCCCUUAGGACCCUAUUUUUUUAAAGAAAGCUCUUCAGGUGUUUCAGAUGUCCUUAAAUCAGGAUUAGGCUUAAAGGAGAACAUUUGUUGUAGUAAAACAUGAUAAAAAGUACUUACCUUUAAUGAAUAGCACACCUCCAUUCACCCACAGCGUUACAAGAUCCAGAAAUCUUAACAGUUUGUCCAAACACCCUUCAGACUGGGUGACACCCUGAUAAAUCACUUUUUUCCACCGUUAUCCAGCUCAAGGUAGCUCCACACCUCCUUGCUAGAAUCUGGAGAGCCCUGACAUUUAAAACGAGGCAUUAAUAACUUAAAAAGUGCACAAAAACCUUAUUAAAAACCACUGUUUACAUCCUUUAAUGCUAGCUUUAGCUCAGAGAGCCGCCAUUACUCCUGGCGCCUGCUGCUACGCUACACUAUGUAAACUAUGAGUCUACAUAGUCUACGCCCUGUGUUGCCCAGUCUAAAGGGUGUUUGACAAACUUAAAAUUUCAGGAUCUUGGAACGCUGUGGUAGGGUGGAGGUGCCCUAUUCAUCAAAGGUAAGUACUUUUUAUCAUGUUUUACUGCACCAAAAGUCAAUUUUACACCGGAGUUCUCUUUUAAUCAUGGUCUAUGAAACUCUCCGUAAGCACAAUUAGUUAAACAAACCCAGAAAAGGGUUAAACAAGCACAUUCUUAAUGACUAUUAAACUGCUACAUCAAUGAAAUCUCUGGACACUAAGAAAUUUUAGAGAUUUUUUUUUAUAGCUUUCGUACUCAGUAUUGUGCACAAUGGACAGUGUUUGCUUUUGUUUUUUUUUUUUUACACUAAAUAAUCCACAUCACUAGUGAAAUAAUCAACUGUGAAGCUUUUAAAAUGCAAUAUAUUUUAAAAUGGCCACUUCACUUGAUUUGCUGAUAAUCAUCUUCCUCUUUUCCGUCUUAAACACAUACAGCAUUAUGAUCCAUUUGCACAGUAUUUUUAAUAUUAUUAACUGUAGUGCUUCUGAACAUGGCUUUAAACGUUAUUUUGUUCAGAUGCAAAGCCAACAGCAUGUUUACAUACAGGACUCAGGGAUGUGUGGGGCUUAUAGUUUUUUUGUUUUUUUUUAGUGAAAUAAUUGAAAAAAUAAUAAUAAUAUUAUUUUUAUAGUUUCUGUUUGGGUUUAUUACUGUGUGGGAGAUAUUCAGUUGUUACAGGACUCCAAUGUCAGAAAUCUGAAAAUGCAUUUUGGUCUAAUAAUGAUACAGGGGGUAGAUUUAUGUAAUUUUCUAUUUGAUGACAAUAAUCAUUUCAACAGCUUUUCCAAUUUAAAGCAAUACAUUGGUAAACAACUCAUUUUCUCUUCUAUUUUUUGUUGCCAAUAAUUGGAAAAGAAAUAGUCAAUCACCCCUAAUUUAGCCUAAUUUUAGCAUAUUGAGCACUCCUGGUGAAACAUCAUGUAUAGAGCACAUGAAAUUAUAAAUACAGAUAGGUGUUUGCUAAAUUUAACAGAAGAAAAAUGUUAAAUGUGAGGUGUUACAGAAUAAUCGCACAGAACAACAGAAACAUGUUUUUUUUAAUUUUUUUUUUAUCAGGGGUUCCCACACUUUAGCACAUGGUUGUAUAGAACUGUUUUGGUGCUUAUGUUUUAGUGCCGAGUGCUGUGUAGGUUGUAAUAAAAUCUGUUAAGUAAACCGUU